GACGGGGCGGGCCGAGGGAGCGGCGCCGUGGGGUUGGCUGCUGCCCUGAGGCCGGACUCAACGGAUCCGGGCCGCGCCACCGGGCGAGCUCGCCGCCCGGCCCCAGCCCGGAGCCAGCGAGUGAGCGAGGCGGUGCCGCGCGGUUUGAUUGUAAAUGCAUCACCAAGAGGCAGCCCAGAAUGAAGAAAGCAAACAGGAGUGUUGGCUCAGUGCCUAAGGUGUCUGGGAUAAGCAAACCACAAACAGUAGAAAAAAGCAAGCUUGAAAACAGCUCUGCAGCACCCACAGGAGGCAAACCUGUGAAGCCUGCAGCAUCUUUGUUGAAGACCAAGAGCAAUGAUGACCUUUUAGCUGGGAUGGCUGGAGGAGUGAGUGUGACGAAUGGUGUGAAGGCAAAGAAGAGCACCUCUUCAUCCGCAGCGCCUUCAGCACCCGCCCCGGCCAUGACCGCCGCGGAGAGCAAGCCCAAGAUUAGCGCAGGCACUAGUUCCUCAGCCAAACGGAGUACUUCAGCCGGUAAUAAAGAAUCCAGUUCUACCAGAGAAAGAUUACGUGAACGUGAACGCACAAGGCUAAACCAGAGCAAAAAACUGCCUUCUGUAAGUCAGGGAGCUAAUGAUGUGGCAUUGGCCAAACGUUCUCGCAGCCGCACUGCUGCCGAGGGUGAUAUCCGAAUGAGCAAGUCCAAGUCGGACAAUCAGAUCAGUGACAAAGCAGCCUUGGAAGCCAAGGUGAAAGAUCUCCUCACGCUGGCAAAAACCAAGGACGUGGAGAUUCUGCAUUUGAGAAACGAACUCCGAGACAUGCGUGCUCAGCUGGGCAUCAACGAGGACCCUUGUGAAGGCGAUGAGAAGUCUGAAGAGAAGGAAACCAUUAUUGCUCACCAGCCAACUGACGUGGAGUCCACUUUACUGCAACUGCAGGAACAGAAUACAGCCAUCCGAGAGGAGCUCAAUCAGCUGAAAAAUGAAAACAGAAUGCUAAAGGACAGGCUGAAUGCAUUGGGCUUUUCCCUAGAGCAGAGACUGGACAAUCCUGAAAAACUAUUUGGCUAUCAGUCCCUGAGUCCAGAGAUCACCGCUGGCAACCAGAGCGAUGGCGGAGGAACUCUGACAUCCUCAGUGGAAGGGUCUGCCCCCGGGUCAGUAGAAGAUCUCCUGAGUCAGGAUGAAAAUACACUCAUGGACCACCAGCACAGUAACUCUAUGGACAACCUGGACAGUGAGUGCAGCGAGGUGUACCAGCCCCUCACUUCAAGUGAUGAUGCUCUGGAUGCCCCCUCGUCUUCAGAGUCAGAGGGCAUCCCAAGCAUAGAGCGCUCUCGGAAGGGGAGCAGUGGGAAUGCGAGCGAGGUCUCGGUUGCUUGCCUGACAGAACGGAUUCACCAGAUGGAAGAGAACCAGCACAGUACCAGUGAGGAGCUUCAGGCAACCCUGCAAGAACUAGCAGAUCUCCAGCAGAUCACCCAGGAACUCAACAGUGAGAACGAGAGGCUGGGAGAGGAGAAGGCCAUUCUGAUGGAGUCGCUGUGUCAGCAGAGUGAUAAGUUGGAACUCUUUGGCCGGCAGAUUGAAUAUUUCCGCUCCCUUCUAGAUGAGCAUCACAUUUCUUACGUCAUAGAUGAAGACGUAAAGAGCGGGCGCUACAUGGAACUGGAGCAGCGGUACAUGGAUUUGGCUGAGAACGCCCGCUUCGAGCGAGAGCAGCUCCUCGGUGUCCAGCAGCAUCUAAGCAACACUCUGAAGAUGGCAGAGCAAGACAACAAGGAAGCUCAAGAGAUGAUCGGUGCGCUCAAGGAGCGCAGCCACCACAUGGAGCGCAUUAUUGAGUCUGAGCAGAAGGGCAAAGCAGCCCUGGCAGCCACACUGGAGGAGUACAAAGCCACCGUGGCCAGUGACCAGAUCGAGAUGAAUCGCCUGAAGGCCCAGCUGGAGAAUGAAAAGCAGAAAGUGACCGAGCUGUAUUCCAUCCAUAACUCCGGAGACAAAUCUGAUAUCCAGGACCUCCUGGAGAGCGUGAGGUUGGACAAGGAAAAGGCAGAGACUUUGGCCAGUAGCCUGCAGGAAGAUCUGGCUCAUACCCGGAACGAUGCCAAUCGGUUACAGGACACCAUUGCCAAGGUAGAAGAUGAGUAUCGAGCUUUCCAGGAAGAAGCCAAGAAGCAGAUUGAAGAUUUGAAUAUGACAUUGGAGAAAUUAAGAUCAGAGCUGGAGGAAAAGGAGACAGAAAGGAGUGACAUGAAGGAAACGAUCUUCGAACUUGAAGAUGAAGUAGAACAGCAUCGAGCCGUGAAGCUUCAUGACAACCUCAUUAUCUCUGACUUAGAGAAUACUGUUAAAAAGCUCCAAGACCAAAAGCAUGACAUGGAAAGAGAAAUCAAGACACUUCACAGGAGACUGCGGGAAGAAUCUGCAGAAUGGCGACAGUUUCAGGCUGAUCUUCAAACUGCAGUGGUCAUUGCAAAUGACAUCAAAUCCGAAGCCCAAGAAGAGAUUGGUGACCUAAAGCGGCGAUUACACGAGGCUCAGGAGAAAAACGAGAAACUCACAAAAGAAUUGGAAGAAAUAAAGUCACGCAAGCAAGAGGAGGAGCGAGGUCGGGUCUAUAACUACAUGAAUGCAGUUGAAAGAGAUUUGGCAGCCUUGCGGCAAGGGAUGGGACUGAGCAGAAGGUCCUCAACUUCCUCAGAGCCAACUCCCACAGUAAAAACCCUCAUCAAGUCCUUCGACAGUGCAUCUCAAGUACCAAAUGCUGCUGCAGCUGCAAUUCCUCGAACGCCUCUGAGUCCAAGUCCCAUGAAAACCCCUCCUGCAGCUGCUGUUUCCCCCAUGCAGAGACAUUCCAUAAGUGGACCAAUCUCAACAUCCAAGCCUCUGACAGCCCUGUCAGAUAAGAGAUCAAACUAUGGAGAAAUUCCUGUGCAAGAGCAUCUACUGAGAACAUCUUCAACUAGCCGACCUGCUUCUCUCCCCAGAGUCCCUGCUAUGGAAAGUGCCAAGACCAUCUCAGUGUCUCGACGAAGUAGUGAGGAAAUGAAACGGGACAUCUCUGCAUCUGAGGGAGCGUCGCCAGCCUCUCUCAUGGCUAUGGGCACCACGUCACCACAGCUCUCCCUGUCUUCCUCGCCCACGGCAUCAGUCACUCCAAGCACCCGGAGCCGAAUAAGGGAGGAACGGAAAGACCCCCUCUCAGCUUUGGCAAGAGAAUAUGGAGGAUCUAAGAGGAACGCCUUGUUGAAGUGGUGUCAGAAGAAGACAGAAGGCUAUCAGAAUAUCGACAUCACCAACUUCAGCAGCAGCUGGAACGAUGGGCUGGCUUUCUGUGCUCUGCUUCACACCUACCUCCCAGCCCACAUACCCUAUCAAGAGCUGAACAGCCAAGACAAGAAAAGGAACUUCACCCUGGCUUUCCAGGCAGCUGAAAGUGUUGGAAUCAAAUCCACCCUGGACAUUAAUGAGAUGGCACGCACCGAACGACCGGACUGGCAGAACGUAAUGCUGUAUGUCACAGCCAUCUACAAAUACUUUGAAACCUGAGCACACGGGAGGAGCUGCUGCUACCAACUAGGGACCUCUGCGGUCACCCAGUGACACCAUUAGCUAGAACCCCUAAAGCUUUCAGCGACUCUGGGCCUCCCUGCAGGGAGUAUGCCCAGCUCUAGGCCUCUGCCUUGGAACUGGACCUGCAGACCAGAGCUCUUCUAUGUGGCCAUCCUCAGGAGCAGGAAGCACAGCACACAGCCAGCUUACUUCCAGAGACGUCAAGCUCCAUCGGGGCCCUGAAGUGUAAAAGCAGGAAGGCUUGUGCCCAGCUCGCCUUGGGAAAUGGGAUAAAUUGUGGAAGCCAGGGGUUAGUGGACGCUUUAGCCAUUGUGCUUCUUGACUGUCAUCCAUGUACUUUGAUUCCCAGUGCUGGGACAGAGCUGGCCUUGGUCCCUUUGUGUAGGCCUGGGUUCUAGGAAUGUGUCAGAGAAGAGGGUUGUUAUCCUUUCCAUGUGACAGGGCUGUCCUAACCUCUACGGUUUAACUUAGGAGUCUCAAAAACCCAGCUUCCAGGCCCACAGCUAGCUGAGUCUACACUGCCACCAAGCAGACUUUUGUCAGCAAGAAGCAGGUGGCACAUGUGGUGGGUGCUUAGCCACUUGCCUCUGGCCCCAGGGAAAAGACCAGUCACAACAAGUUCUCCUAGUCAAAGUUGUUUUAUUACAAGCAAUAUUGGGAAAAUAGCUCCUAUUUUGUUAGUACCAAAGUUAUUUCUUUCAGUAAGCAUACAAAUAAAACACAAAAUGUGGGUGUUAGCAUGGCAAGGGUGAGGAUUCAUGCUGUAGGGAAAGGAGAAGGCGCUUUGAGAAGCUGAAGAUUCAAAUCACUGAUGGCUGCCCCUCCAGGGCAGGAGUUAAGACAGUGCCUUAGCCCUGCAUCAGGCAGCCGAGCCCACACCUUCAUGAGAUUCCUGCAUGUUGGUGGGGACUCUGUGGUAGAGAUGGCUCCACACUGUGCCUGGGGUAAGCGGCCUACAUCACGAGCCAAGGCCUUACUCAAUUCUAUUGAUUUCUGCCUGGAAUUUAGCAGUCCCACUUCAGGAAUAGGAAACCCUUAUCUCACGUGCCUGACACAGAAGCUGCUGUUUGAACAAUGUCAAGACCUGUUAUUUCUGGGAUACACUCAUUUCACCUGCAAGACACCACGGAGAAGACCAGCCAUUAGUAGAAAUGGGGCCACAGCCUCAGUAACUAGAGGCUUGCCCGGUUUGAACACGGACUGAGUGAAGUUCUGUCUUCAAGCAUAAUGCUUUAUACUGGGACCUGGGUGUGUCUAUGGAACCUAGAGAAGAAAGUAGUUAUUAGGAAGUGGGCUGUGUCUGCAUGUGUUGCAUAGACGGUCAGUCUCUCUCAUCCAUCCUGCCUAAAUGUCCGAAUCUGGCAGCUCACGCUGCACAGUGUACCAGAAGACCCCUAUUAUUCUGGCUGUCCUGAUGCCUCUCCGGUCCUCCUUGGCCCAAUUCUGUUCUUGCUCUUGUUCUGUUGACAAAGACCUGUCAGGGUGACUGACCGUCCAUGUGAGAGUCACCGUUUCCACACGAGUCUCCACUGAUUCUCUGGGCUUCCAGUGCAUACUGUCAUUGCCUUCACUGAGGCCUGUCCACUGUGCACCAGGGUGUUUGAUCUGAGGCCAGGCUUUAUUUAUUGCGUCGUGAAGAAGGGUUGUCUUGUUAAAGAGACUUUCCUGAGCUUGCAGUUCACAAGUUGUGUCCCUCACUGGCUGUAUGAGCCUAGCCUCACGUCAGAGUAGAAAUCACCAGAGUUUUCUGAAAGUAUUUGCAGUAAGUUGGCUGCUGCUGAAGGGGCUUGUCCAUAUAGAGAUAACGUUUCUGUUCUGGAAUCUGUGGACGUGGGAUAGGCCUAGAGCCAGUAGCGGGGAUAGAUGGUGUGCUAGGGGCCCCUUCCCCCAGACUCUGGCACCCAUCAGAGCCAGGGCCAGGCUGCCCACAUUUGUGUGAGGGUCCAAAAGUCUACAAGUAACUCCAGACCAUUGCUUUUUGCCUUCUGAUAGACCCUUAAAAGAGCACUGUUGGCUCUGUGGACAAGCUUGUAGAUGGCCAUGUGCUUUUAAAAGUAGUAUUUGGGAGUUGGGAGAACACCUGUCUACAAUGCUCAAGGCCUGGGUUGAUCCCCAACACCACAUAAACCUGUAAUUCCAGUACUUGGGAAGUGGAGACGGGAAGAUCAGGAGUCCCGAGUUAUUGUCGAUUAUAUGAUGAGUUUGAUGCCAGCCUUGGCAUGUAAGGUCCUCUCCCCCCAAAAGGUGGUAUUUGGAGGUUCUCUUAUUCUAGGACUGCUUCCUCCAAGAUGCAAGCUUGCCCGCCUCUCUUCCCGAAAGCACAAGCUUCACUACAAAGGGCCAGUUACCGUUCUACUUCCUUUGUCACGGGCUUCUGCUGAUGAAUGAUACUCUGUCAUUUUGUUCUAGUAAAUACUCUUGAAUGUA